GCAGAUCCAAAUCCAAGAGCCCUCACAAGAAGUCACAACUCUUCAAAACGACUGUCCCUUUUGUACCCAUCCUCUUCAACACGACCCUCACUUCCCUCCUCCAUCAUAUAAUAUCAUUCCCUCAGACUUCAAUCCCUUCACGUCCACAAUCUUCUCAAGCUUAGCUCCGAUUUUCAAACUCAACGGAACCGACCAUUACUUGUUAGAAGGUUCAUAUCAAUAAUUUCUCGGUUAGCGGCAACACCCUUGGUCACAUCCAGCAGGCCUCCCUUGAUUCUUGGCGUGCGUCAGUGAACGUGGAAGAGCGUCAGAUUCAUUUAAAGCUCACGCUCUCUCUCUCCCCCUCGUAAGCUGAUCUCUCUCUGUCUCACUCUCUCUAUUUUUUCAGGCGUCGCUGUUCUUCCAUAAGGGACAGUUUCCACUUAACUGCUUAGAAUAGUGCAUGCCUCUCAAGCGUCUUCCCUGCUAGAACGUAACGGAACGCUUGAACUGAAGCGUAUUCAUCGCUAUAGAUAUUCUACUGAUCAGCAUAGGUGUGCUGCGAUCCACUUGAGUUCCGAUAAUGGGGAAUUGUCAGGCAGCGGAAGCGGCGACGGUUGUGAUUCAGCAUCCGGGAAAUAAGAUCGAGAGGAUUUAUUGGUCGGUGAGCGCUCACCACGUGAUGGACUCCAAUCCUGGUCACUACGUUGCUCUCGUUGUUACCUCGCCCACUCUUAAGUCCGAGAAUGGCGCGCCAUUGAAGCAGCUCAAACUUCUCCGACCCGACGAUACUUUGCUUAUGGGCCAGGUUUAUCGCUUGAUCAGUUUUGAAGAUGUAUUGAAGGACUUGUCUGCAAAGAAAUGCGUUAAACUCGGGAAAUUGCUGAAGGACAGAGGCGGUCUUGGCGCACACAUCAAGCACAGAGACUCCAGAGCUCCAAAUCCAAGUCCGAGUUCGAGAACUGAUUUCGCUCCCAUGAAGGUGGAACAGGAGAUUCACCGAAUGGGAAGCAAUGGCAGUAACCGCAGCAGCAGCGACAGUCACAAAGCUGUGGGAAGACAAUUUGGUGGUGGUGGGGGGCAAUGGAGGCCAGCCUUACAGAGCAUUGCAGAAGUUGGAACUUGAACGCACUAUUCAGCCCAUGACACCCCCUCACUCUCAACCAACAAAAAACAAGCCGCAAACAAACCACCUUUCCACUCUUUCCAAAACUAUCAUAUACAAUAUUUGUCCUUUAAUUCUUAGAAUUUUCCUGGUAUAAUACGGCUUGUGAUGUAGCUCUAUCUGUUUGGAAUGAAUAUGACACGUUUACUUACUUAACCCAUUUAGUGUAAUACCAGUAUUGCCCGCAGUUAACUGUGAAA